AUUAACUGUGUCUUGUGUAGAUUUCAGUUUGUCUUGUUAAUUGUGGGAUUUCUUACAUUUUUCACACCGAUCCCCCAAAAGGCACAUGUGACCCAUCACCCCAGAUCUGAAGGUGAUGUCACCCUGAGGUGCUGGGCCCUGGGCUUCUACCCUGCUGACAUCACCCUGACCUGGCAGUUGAAUGGGGAGGAGCUGACCCAGGACAUGGAGCUUGUGGAGACCAGGCCUGCAGGGGAUGGAACCUUCCAGAAGUGGGCAUCUGUGGUGGUAUCUCUUGGGAAGGAGCAGAAUUACACAUGCCAUGUGCAGCAUGAGGGGCUGUCUGAGCCCCUCACCCUGAGAUGGGAGCCUCCUCCAUCCACCGACUCCAACAUGGUGAUCAUUGCUGUUCUGGUUGUCCUUGGAGCUGUGGCCAUCAUUGGAGCUGUGGUGGCUUUUGUGAUGAAGAGGAGGAAAAACACAGGUGGACAAGGAGGAGACUAUGCUCCAGCUCCAGCAUGAAGACAGCUGCCUGGAGUGGACUGAGUGACAGCCAGUGUGUUCAGGUCUCUCCUGUGACACCCAGAGUCCUCAGUCCUCUUUAGACAACAGUGUCUGAUGUUCUCUGUGAGCCUCGGGGCUCAAUGUGAAGAACUGUGGAGCCCAGCCUGCCCUGCACACAGGACCCUGUCCCUGCACUGCCCUGUGUUCCCUUCCACAGUCAAC